GGUACAUUUGUUCCUUACCUCAAAUUCAAUGCUGUAAAUGCAACGGCAGCUCUUAACUCUUCUUUUAAUAAGUUCUUAGCCUAAAAAGCUUCCAGUUCCAUCUUCCUUCAUUCACGUCGCAAAAUAUCUAAAGUGCAACACCUGCGCAUUUAUAGAUAAUACUACUUCAUUCGUUUGUGAUUGUGCCCUUCAAUCAUCCACAGGUAUACUACCUGUACUACCUUUUUAAGAAAAACAACAAAUAAUACCGUCAUCAUGGGAUCCGACAUUGAAAUCGAGAUGGACAUUGACGAGCCUGGCUCCCCCCAAGCCACCCAGGCCAAUGUCAGCGAUAUGCAAACACACACCAAGGCCACCGCCGUGCGAUCGAUCGAGGGCUGGAUCAUCAUGGUCACAAAUGUGCACGAGGAGGCCGACGAAGAGGCCUUACACGACAAGUUCGCCGACUUUGGCGAGAUCAAGAAUCUCCACCUAAAUCUAGACCGUCGAAGCGGUUACGUCAAGGGCUACGCUUUAAUCGAGUACGCGACCCUAGACGAGGCCCGCGCCGCCAUCGACGGCGCGCACCACACGAAGUUGGUGGAGCAGGCCAUCGAGGUCGACUUCGCAUUUGUUCGACCACCGCCAGGAAAGGGCAAUAGAGGACCCCGCCAGUCGCAUCGCGGUCGAGGACGAAGCCGAAGCCGCAGUCCGGAGGGACACAAGGAUGGGGAUAGAGAGUAGUGGCUUGACCCUCGUCUCCGUAGCAACCCACCACCUCAUGCCUAAAUUUCUGGUGGUAUAGGCAUUUGAGGAUGGACGUAUAUAUGGCUGGCUGGAGUGCUAGGAAGUUACGCCCUGGUCUUAGCCGAUAUGUCGCCAGAAUAAAGAAGGACAUGUCGGCAUGUAACUCGUCUCCGUAUAGGUAGGUCAAACGCCAGCUAUUCUCCUUGGAAGAGGAACUUUUGCUAACAGGAACUUUUAGUUGUGAUACGAUGACAACAUCUACAAUGCCUACGUGCUUUACAUCUGGAAUUAGGAAGGCUAGCUAGAGCUGGAGUUAUGUCUAGACAUACGUGGUAGUUUCUAGUUAAGCUUAGAACUGCAUAGUACUCUAACCUAUCCUGUUCAACAAAGCUCGUUCCAGACCAUUUCUCGAGACCAUAUCUUUGUUCCGUACUGAAUUAUGUGAAUUAUGACAAGUGAUAAAUGAUAGAAAUAUUAUUGUAUGG